AUGUCGGAUUGGGACUCUGUUGCCCGAAACCUCAUCAGCACUGGUGAAUUUGACCGUCCCAAGUUCGACGGCAAGAAGGCGCAAGUAAGAUUUGCGAAGGACUUCGACGACGAAAGUGCAUCGACGGAAGGUGGAAGAUUGCGAAAGGUACCUGCGUUGAUGAACGAAGGUGGCAAAAACGAGCUCGAUCUACGCAAGUUUAUGUUUGAAAAAGAAAUGGAAGAACGCAAAAAGGAGCGCGAAUUUCAAGCUGAAGAGCGAAACAAGGACCGCGAGAUUCAGGCACAACAAAUUCAAAUGCUGCAGACAACAAUGACAACUCUUCUUAGCGCUUUGGUGAAGAAGUUGUAA